GACAUUCCUGGCAAAUGUUCAAAUAUCAACUAUGCGGCGCGUACAACAAUGAAAUAUUUGCGUGCUGAUCCAACAUAUGGAUUGGACCGGGAUGACACGGAGGUUUUUGUUACUACAGGCGAUUGUGAUACGAUUUUCGGAGAGCGAUAUUUUGAAGCACUGGAAGAGGAUUACUGGAAAAUCGAAGAAAAGGUUGUAAUGCGAAAAUAA